ACAACCUAGAGCAGUGGAAUCAUCUUCCGUCUACACCCGUCAUGAUUAUCGUCAUCUGGAAUGACUGGAGCUGCAUCUGAUCCAGGAAAAGAUCUUUUCCAACACACUAUCGUCUCUCCUUACCACCACGCACUACAAAGACCUGUCAAUAUAUUCGAUCAGCAAACAACACUUUUUGUCCGUCUCUAUAAUCCUUAUUCCUACAAGAAUCUUAUAUUCAUCAUGUUUCACAACGACACCUGGCCGAUCCUGAUUUUUUCUGUACCGUUGAUAGCGUUCUUGUCGAUGAUCUGGACAACCGCCUGGAUUUUCUACCCACCCUGCAAGACUGCCUGCACUGCCUCCUGCCAAACCGUCUGCGAUACCACCUGCCAGACCGUCUGCGAUACCGUCUGCGAAGCCGUCUGCCGUGCCAACACCCAGUCCCUGACCUAUGUGCCGUCUUUUACGGUUCAGACUACUGUUGAUGAUUGGGGUCGUGUGAUAGCGACGCUGCCUCAGGAUGGCACUCGAGUUGAGCUGAAGAAAGUUUAGGUUGAGAACCGCUGGAAGCAAGAUUUCAGAGAGCCAUGAUGAAGAUCUUUGCUAUGGCUGUUGGCUUACAGUUGCUUAAGAGUGUAGGGAGGGGCGCCGGCGGGGAGAGGGAUUGUUGCUGCCUGUCUCCCCCAUCUUGUCAUUCUCAGGUCUGAGCU